AUGGAUAAUCCGCCCACGCACGCGCUCGAGCACGAGGACGCGACGCAUUUCCACGGUCUGCAUCCCCUAACCUCGGACCUCUCGCCUCUUGCUAUGCACGCGGACGUUCUCGCGGCCGCUGCCAACGCAGAAGCAGCAGCAGCAGACGGCGAGGACGACGACGUCCGGAGUCAGCGCACGCAGCACGACGGGCGUUUAAAAGCGUGCAUUUUAGAAAAAGUGGCGUGGGAGAAACGAUUACGUCAUCUGCCCGAGACGGCAAUGGACGAUUUGGACGCGGUGAAAGACGAGGCAGAUGCAGGCGAUUUAUUUUUGUCGCUCCCCGAACCCUAUGGCCAGUUGUCGACGUUUCAGCGCGUCGUGAUUACGUCAACACCGGACGAAGAAGAAGAUCGCGAGACAAGAGACGUGUGUGAAUUGAUUCGCAAGUGCGUAGCGCUUCGAAAAAAGUGGAUUACGGUCAACGAACUCACGCCCUCGUCAUCACCAAUGGACGCCCCGGACCAUGGCCUUUCUGCUGCGUCGAGUCCACGGACCCAUGCAAGCGGUGCCAGUAGUAAAUUCCGACAUCGGGAAGAAAUGCCGUACCGGCCAUUUGACGCGCCCGUGCCAGAGACUACGCAGCACGAUGUCAAGAUGGUAAAUGGUGUGGUCAUGGUGUAUGACGACGCGGACGCUGGCGAAGCAAUGAGUCAAGUGGGGACGAUGGAAGAAUACUAUGAUGACUUGUUUGAGAUCCAGUGCAUUGUGAACUACGGACCGAUGAAGACGCUGGCGUUCAAGCGGUUGCAAGUGCUGGAAGCGAGGUUCAACUUGCACAUGCUGCUGAACUCGGAGCGGGAACUCGUGGCGCAGAAAGCAGUGCCCCAUCGUGACUUUUACAAUGUCCGGAAGGUUGACACGCACGUGCAUCACUCGGCCUGCAUGAACCAAAAGCAUUUGUUGCGGUUUAUUAAAUCGAGGCUGCGCAACUCGCCGGGGGAGAUUGUGAUUUUCCGCGACGGGCGCUUUAUGACGCUGAGCGAAGUCUUCCGGUCGCUUAAUCUCACGGGCUACGAUCUCAGCGUUGACACGCUGGACAUGCACGCGAGCAACACGUUUCACCGCUUCGAUCGCUUCAAUUUGAAGUAUAAUCCGGCCGGGCAAAGUCGGCUGCGGGAGAUCUUUCUCAAGACAGAUAAUUUGAUUGCUGGCAAGUAUCUUGCUGAGAUCACAAAGGAGGUCAUCUCGGAUCUGCACGCGAGCAAAUACCAGCUUGUCGAGUGGCGUGUCUCCAUCUACGGACGCAAGCACUCGGAAUGGGACAAGCUGGGUCGCUGGAUGUACGUGAACAAGUUGUCGUCUCCUCAUGUACGAUGGAUGAUUCAGAUCCCGCGACUCUACUUCCUGUACAAGAAAAUGGGCGAAGUUGAUAACUUUCAGCAAAUGCUCGACCACAUAUUCCUGCCGCUGUUCGAGCGUGGACGAUGA